CAGUGCUGCAGUGGAGGCGGCGGAGCUGCGGGCGGAGGCCGCGCCGGGCAGGGCAGGAGGCGGCGGCGGAGAGGGGGAGCGCGGCGGCGGCGGCGGGAGCGGCGGCGGCUCCCGGGGGAGGUCCAGGCCCGGGACUGGCCGAGGUGGCAGGAGGGGACGGACGGACGGAAGGAAGGCUCGGGGCAUUGCUGCUGGGGCAGUUUUUAAACUUUCUUCUUGUUUUUAAAGUUUGAACUUUUAAAUUUUAUUUUAUUUUAAAAAAAGCAAAACUUCUCAGCCUCCCCCUCUCCCCAUGAUGCCGUCCAACGGGUCUAUUGACACCAGCAGCACUGCUCCAGACAGGGAGACGCCCGACACUCACAAGCAGAGGGAAGAGGAGCUGGAGGAGAACCGGAGCAAGGACGAGAAGCAGGAACCAGGGACAGCCACGAGGAAAGCAGGGCGGCCUGGCAGGAAGCGCAAACACGUCCUGGUGGAAAGUAGUGAAACAUCCAAAGACACUGCCUCAGUCCCAAAGUGCCACGCCCCCUGUCAGGAUGCUGGCUCCACGGAGCAGGUGCCCAAUGGAGACCUGGAGACAGAUGGUGCCCAGUGGAAAGGCCCGGAGGACAGCGACGGGACCCCGAAGGGCGGGCAGCAUGGCGAGGACGAGACGGACAGCCUCCCAGACAGUGAGACAGGCCAGGUCCUGGAGAACGGGCGCUGCACCCCGAAGGACAGCCCGGACCCACCGGCCGAUGAGGGUGAGCUGGCCCCUUCCGCCCCCCAGAAGAAGAGAGGCAAGAGGAAACUCUUGGAGACAGCUGGGAAAAGCAAAGAAGAGAAGGAAGAAGCUAACUACGACUCGCUGAAAAUGGAGGGAUCCCGAGGCCGCCUGCGUGGUGGGCUGGGCUGGGAGUCAAGCCUGCGUCAGAGGCCCAUGCAGCGGCUCACCUUCCAGGCCGGGGACCCGUAUUACAUCAGCAAGAGGAAGCGAGACGAGUGGCUGGCCAGAUGGAAAAGGGAGACUGAUAAUCCAUCGGCAUCCCAGCUUGACAAGGCUGAGAAGAAGGCCAAAGUCAUUGCUGUCAUGAACGUGGUGGAGGAGAGCCAACGGGCAGAGCCCCAGAAGGAGGAGGAGGCCAGCCCGCCUGCCUCGCAGCAGCCCACAGACCCCGCUUCGCCCAACGUGGCCACCACGCCUGAGCCAGUGGUGGCCGACGCCGUGGACAAGAGCACGUCCAAGUCAGCUGACGACGAGCCGGAGUACGAGGAUGGCCGAGGCUUCGGGAUCGGUGAGCUGGUGUGGGGGAAGCUGCGUGGAUUCUCCUGGUGGCCGGGCCGGAUUGUGUCCUGGUGGAUGACUGGGCGGAGCCGAGCAGCCGAGGGCACCCGCUGGGUCAUGUGGUUCGGAGAUGGCAAGUUUUCCGUGGUCUGCGUGGAGAAGCUCCUGCCGCUGAGCUCCUUCUCCAACGCCUUCCACCAGGCCACGUACAACAAGCAGCCAAUGUACCGCAAAGCCAUCUACGAGGUCCUGCAGGUGGCCAGCAGCAGAGCGGGGAAGAUCUUCCCAGCAUGCCCCGAGAAUGACGAGACAGACACUUCCAAAGCGGUGGAGAUCCAGAACAAGCAGAUGAUCGAGUGGGCCUUGGGGGGCUUCCAGCCGUCUGGUCCCAAAGGCUUGGAGCCACCAGAAGAGGAGCGGAAUCCCUACAAAGAAGUUUACACGGAGAUGUGGGUGGAGCCAGAAGCAGCCGCUUAUCCCCCACCUCCGCCAGCCAAAAAACCAAGGAAAAGCACAACGGAGAAGCCCAAGGUCAAGGAGAUCAUAGACGAGCGCACCCGAGAGCGGCUUGUUUAUGAGGUUCGCCAGAAAUGCAGGAACAUCGAAGAUAUCUGCAUUUCUUGUGGAAGCCUCAACGUAACCCUGGAACACCCUCUCUUUAUCGGAGGAAUGUGCCAAAACUGCAAGAACUGCUUCCUGGAGUGCGCGUACCAGUACGACGACGACGGCUACCAGUCGUACUGUACGAUCUGCUGUGGUGGCCGUGAGGUGCUCAUGUGCGGAAACAACAACUGCUGCAGGUGCUUCUGUGUGGAGUGUGUGGACCUGCUGGUGGGACCAGGUGCAGCCCAGGCAGCCAUCAAGGAGGACCCCUGGAACUGCUACAUGUGCGGCCACAAGGGCACCUACGGGCUGCUGAGGCGAAGAGACGACUGGCCCUCGCGCCUCCAGAUGUUCUUCGCCAAUAACCAUGACCAAGAAUUUGACCCACCAAAGGUUUAUCCGCCGGUCCCGGCUGAGAAGAGGAAGCCCAUCCGAGUGCUCUCUCUCUUCGAUGGAAUUGCCACAGGUCUGCUGGUGCUGAAGGACCUGGGCAUCCAGGUGGACCGCUACAUCGCUUCCGAGGUUUGCGAAGACUCUAUCACUGUGGGGAUGGUGAGACACCAGGGCAAGAUCAUGUACGUCGGCGACGUCCGGAAUGUCACCCAGAAACAUAUACAGGAGUGGGGCCCUUUUGACUUGGUGAUUGGAGGGAGCCCAUGUAAUGACCUCUCCAUUGUCAACCCUGCCAGGAAGGGUCUUUACGAGGGCACCGGACGGCUCUUCUUCGAGUUCUACCGCCUUCUCCACGAAGCCCGGCCCAAGGAGGGCGAUGACCGGCCCUUCUUCUGGCUCUUCGAGAACGUGGUGGCCAUGGGGGUGAGCGACAAGCGGGACAUUUCGCGCUUCCUAGAGUCCAACCCAGUGAUGAUUGAUGCCAAAGAGGUGUCUGCAGCGCACAGGGCCCGGUACUUCUGGGGUAACCUUCCCGGUAUGAACAGGUUGGUGAGAGCAUGGCCAUUGGCAUCUACAGUGAACGAUAAGCUGGAACUUCAGGAGUGCCUGGAGCACGGCAGGAUAGCAAAGUUCAGCAAAGUGCGAACUAUCACCACUCGCUCCAACUCCAUCAAGCAGGGCAAGGACCAGCAUUUCCCCGUCUUCAUGAACGAGAAGGAGGACAUCCUGUGGUGCACGGAGAUGGAGAGGGUCUUUGGCUUCCCGGUUCAUUACACAGAUGUCUCCAACAUGAGCCGCCUGGCCCGGCAGAGACUGCUCGGCAGAUCUUGGAGCGUGCCGGUGAUCCGCCAUCUCUUUGCUCCCCUGAAGGAAUACUUUGCCUGCGUGUAAGACACACAGGAACUAGUGAAGUGGAACGAAUCAGAUGAGAAGAGAAGUGAAAAUGUGGAACAAGAGAAAAAUCAGCACCCAGAAGAGAGAAAGGAUUAAACCCGAUGGGAAUCCACCGCGUCUCCCCAAGCGAAAGGGUUCGGUGUCCUCUCCUGAAUUUUCAAUGUUCAGCUUUUAGCCUAUUUAAAAAAAAAACAAAAACCGGUUUUUUUUGGUAACCUUUUAAUUUUCCGCUCUUUUCUGGAUGGGUUUUUCUGUUAGUUUGGUUUCUGCUUCUCGAAGCUGCGAGCGAGGCGAGAGGCUUUCCCGAGCUUGUGAGCAAGCGCUGUCGUAGCAGGAGGGCAAAGCCAGCAGGAAACACUAGCAGAAACCCAAGCCUAGAGAGGGGGACGCGAAGGAAAGGUUCUGCCGACCUGUCGCUCUGAGCUCGAGUUUUGUCUCUGGUCUGGUGAGCGUAGGAGCACGCAGCAGGGAGUGCUCAGCCUGCGCCGUAACUUCCAGCACUGAGCCUUACUUACUUCUACCAGCACCAUCACUGGUGAUGCAAAGCAAAACCAACUAGCAGGGAAGCCAAGAACACGCACCACACCACACACUUUUCUACAGUAUUUCGGGUGCCUACCACACAGGAAACCUUGAAGAAAGCAGAUCCUAGAUGCCGCUGUUACCUCUUGUUUACAGUUUAUAUAUAUACGGCAGGUGUGAGCGCGAGCUAGCUAGAUAGAUAUAUAAAAGGUACUGUUACUACUGUACAUCCUGACUUCAUAAUGGUGCUUUUCAACAGCGGGGUGAGUCAAAACAUCAGCUUCCACGUUGCCUUACGUGCCAGGGCUUUCCGCAGGGGGGACCAUGCAGACUCAGUGCCGGGGGCGGGGGAGGCACUGGUCCCCCGCCCCCGGGCAGUGCGGGGGAGGGACGGGAGGCAGUCUCCGUCCCACGUCAUGCAAUAACCUUUUUAUUUUCGAAAAGGAAGGCCCCCCUCCCACGCACUGGGGAGAAGCGGGUCCGGGGCUGCCCCCGCCCGCCCACCCGCAGGGGCCGGGGGGAGAGAAAGCCCUCGCCAGAGAAUAACAACACACAAACGUACUGGUGCUUUUCUGUGUACGUCGCCUUUGGGUGUUCUUUUCCGAGGGGCUCCCCUCCCCUGGCCUGAGGCUGGGGUGCAGCACCGGGCAGAGCGAUGCUUUGGGUCACCUCCGAACUCACAGGCUGCAGUUUUAUACUGAGAAGCUGAUGCCAUCUUUGAUUCUUCUUGUCUCUUUGUUGUAGAAUGAAGAACUCGUCUGUAGGUUCAUGCCGAGGUGGGAGGAGGGCCGGGCAGACGCCCCCCAUUGCUCAUCCAGGCCUGGGGGUGCAGGGCAGAGCUCCGGCUGCCCUGUGGGGUGCUCCCGGCCCAGCGGGGAGGCUGGUUCUCUCUUUUUGUGGACGCUGUGAAUUCUGUUUCUUUUAGUACUUGAUUGAACUGCAGCUGUGCGGUCCCUUCCCAUCGGCCACCAGCGCGCUGCCCCUCACUCCUUGCAGCCUGGGCGGAGGGCGCAUUCUCUGUGGGGCAGAAAGUGGGCAAGGGCUAGACUAGGAAUCGCACUGGCAGGCCCCCCUGAGGGAGAAUCCCCCCAGCAGAGCCAGGAGAGCAGCAUCUCCAGAGGGGCUCCACCUCUGUUCCUGGAUUCCAGGGGCUGGGGGCCCAGCGCCAGCCCGACAGCCUGGGCAGGCAGAGCAGAGGCAGCUGUCCCCCGGCGUGUGCCUAUGCAGCACGCCGGGGGAAGCCGGCAGGUGCCGCAGGCACUCAGGUGGGCAGGCAUCCGCUGCAGAGCAGUGCCAGCUGGGCCAGGCUGAGAUCCCAGAGGGAGCUCUAGGCCGGCCGGGGGCGUGGUACAUUCAGGGGGGCACAUGGCCAAAGCUAACCGAUCCAGGCCUUGUGCCCUGCUGUAUGUGGGCAUGGCCCUAGGGCAGCCACUUGGCACCAGUGGAGCAUCUGGCCCUCCAGGGGCAUUUGCUAGCAUGGCCUGGAACAGCGGGCACGGAAGUAGCUUGGUGUCUGUCUUGGCCUCUCUGCUGAGUCUGCCAGGGGAGAGCAGCUGUGAGGGGCUUUCCCGUGGACGCCCCUGGCCUGAGUCUUGUCACAAGGGCACUGACCAGCCACCAUCUCGAUAACUUCCCUGCGCUGCCAUUGGCCCGCCCCCUCAGUAACGCCCACCCCGCCCUGCGCUAACGCCCACCCCGCCCUGCGCGUUGGCCCGCCCCCUCAGUAACGCCCACCCCGCCCUGCGCAUUGGCCCGCCCCCUUGGUAACGCCCACCCCGCCCUGCGCGUUGGCCCGCCCCCUCGGUAACGCCCACCCCGCCCUGCGCGUUGGCCCGCCCCCUCGGUAACGCCCACCCCAGACUGCGCAUUGGCCCACCCCCUCAGUAACGCCCACCCCGCCCUGCGCAUUGGCCCGCCCCCUCAGUAACGCCCCCCCCAGACUGCGCAUUGGCCCGCCCCCUCGGUAACGCCCCCCCCCAGACUGCGCAUUGGCCCGCCCCCUCGGUAACGCCCACCCCAGACUGCGCAUUGGCCCGCCCCCUCGGUAACGCCCCCCCCCAGACUGCGCAUUGGCCCGCCCCCUCGGUAACGCCCCCCCCAGACUGCGCAUUGGCCCGCCCCCUCGGUAACGCCCACCCCGCCCUGCGCAUUGGCCCGCCCCCUCAGUAACGCCCCCCCCAGACUGCGCGUUGGCCCGCCCCCUCAGUAACGCCCCCCCCCAGACUGCGCGUUGGCCCGCCCCCUCGGUAACGCCCACCCCGCCCUGCGCGUUGGCCCGCCCCCUCGGUAACGCCCACCCCGCCCUGCGCGUUGGCCCGCCCCCCUCGGUAACGCCCCCCCCAGACUGCGCAUUGGCCCGCCCCCUCGGUAACGCCCACCCCGCCCUGCGCGUUGGCCCGCCCCCUCGGUAACGCCCACCCCGCCCUGCGCGUUGGCCCGCCCCCUCAGUAACGCCCACCCCGCCCUGCACGUUGGCCCGCCCCCUCGGUAACGCCCCUCCCCCGCCCAUUGACCUGCUCUUUUGGAGGCGCCUGGGGCUUGUCUACAUGGCUAAUUACUGCACUGGGUGUGACUACAGCCACCCGCUUGCCAGGCGGCAGCAGCAGCUCCGUCCUGCGUGGGCCCUGCCACAGCACGGGACGUCCCCGCUCUGCUGCUGGGCAGGGCCUUGCCCUGGAGACAAGCCUGAGGCUCCUUUUGAAAAUAUUUUUAAUGGAAUUUUAAAACCAGGCUAAGGAAAUUCCCUGCCUCCUGCCCGUGCCAGAGCGUGAGUGCGCCCGCACGUCCAUGCUGCGCCCAUGCCGCCCUGCCCCAGCUCGCCCGCACGCCGUGGAGCUGUGUGACGGGACCGUGCAGUGGGGAGCACUCGGGGCCUGACCCACCGGGGACACGGGCUGGCUCCAGCUCCCCGCCCGGAGGGUGAUUCCUCAGCGCUUGGCACGGGCCUCGCCGCUCCGGGGGAGGCAGCGGUGAGACUCCCGAAGCCAGGCCAGUGCCAAGCGCUGCAGAAUCCUCCCGCCGUGUGCCGAGGGGGCCGGCUUUAAUGCCACAGGCUGGGCAGCGAUUGCACACGCACCCCCCGUGAGUACGGAGGGACACGGACAGAGGGACACUGCCCACCCCCGACAGACAGUCAGAGCCGCACCCGUCUGCCCACGCGGACGAUGGAACCUUGUCUUCCCACCGCGAAGCAGCCCAGAGUGAAACACGUACACACACAGACAAUGGAAGACCCCCCUCUGCGCACACGCUGACAGCGGGACACACACCCCUCUGCGCGCACACUGACACACCCCUCUGCACACACGCUGACGGCGGGACACACACAUCCCCUCUGUGCGCACACUGACACACCCCUCUGCACACACACACUGACAGCGGGACACACACCCCUCUGCGCGCACACUGACACACCCCUCUGCACACACACACUGACAGCGGGACACACACCCCUCUGCGCGCACACACUGACACACCUCUGCGCACACGCUGACAGCGGGACACACACUCCUCUCUACACGCACACACUGACAGCGGGACACACACAUCCCCUUUGCGCGCACACUGACACACCCCUCUGCGCACACGCUGACAGCGGGACACACACCCCUCUGCGCGCACACUGACACAUCCCUCUGCACACACGCUGACAGCGGGACACACACAUCCCCUCUGUGCGCACACUGACAUACCCCUCUGCACACACACACACUGACAGCAGGACACACACCCCUCUCUGCACGCACACACUGACACACCCCUCUGCACGCACACACUGACAGCGGGACACACACCCCUCUGCGCACACACACUGACACACCUCUGCACACACGCUGACAGCGGGACACACACUCCUCUGCACGCACACACUGACAGCGGGACACAUACAUCCCCUUUGCGUGCACACUGACACACCCCUCUGCGCACACGCUGACAGCGGGACACACACAUCCCCUCUGCACACACACACUGACAGCGGGACACACACCCCUCUGCACGCACACGCUGACAGCGGGACACACACCCCUCUCUGCGCACACACAGUGGGAACGAACACACACACACAUCUGAGCACACACACACAAACCCUGCACAUGAACACACACAGACAGUGGAACACGCAAACCUGUCUGAGCGCACACAGACACACCCCCCCCCAGAGGAGCCUGCGCACACACACGCCCAGAGCGUGGAAUACGCACACCCCCAGAGGAGCCUGCGCGCACAUGCGGACUGGGGAACACUCCGCCCCAUAUGCACACGAAGACAAAGGACCCGGCAUGCCUGGCCAGUGGCAGCCCCGUGUCCCCGUACACACAGACAGUGGCAUUCCCUGCCCCCAUGUGGACAGUGUCGUCCCCCCCCGUACAUGCGCACGUGGACAGUGGAACACCCCACCCCCUCCGGUGCACACUUAGCCGGCCCCCUGCGCCCACGGGAACGGUGGCACGCAGACGGCCGGCCCCCUAUGCCCACCGGAACGGUGGCACGCAGACGGCCAGCCCCCUGCGCCCACGGGAGCGGUGGCACACGCAGCCGGGCUGUGUGCGCGCAGGCCGUGGGCACGGGCAGGACACUGGAACGCCCCUGGUGUGCUCACACGCUGGCAGGCUGGGUUAGCGCAGGGACUUGGGAGGGCUCUGGCCCUGCCUAGCUGCAGGUCAUCCCUCACCCCGGGCCGGGCCGGGGUCAUAGAUCCCAGCCCCAAAUUCUCGCAUUCCCUUUAAGGCCUGUUCUCCACCCACCGGCAUGGGGCUGCUGACUCCCCCGCCCCCACCGCACCAGCCAGCGGCUAUUGGCUUGGUGAGAAGUGGCUGGGUCAUCUCUGCAUACGGGCGUGGGGCACCCCCUGAGCGUGGCUCUGUGACCAGCCUGGUGGGAGCGGGGCAGGAGCCCUGCCUUGCCCAGCACCUGAGCACACUGCCUGGGGCCGUGCCAUCACAGACUGUCCCAGGCACUGUUUGCAGUCCAGCCCCCCGCCCCAUGUCACGGGGGCCAGGGGCCCACCCUCCAUUUCAGACGUAGGGCCUCUGUCGGCACGAGAUGGCUGGGCUCUCGCUGCGCUGGGCUUGGCUGUGGGAGCGGCCCCUGCCUUCACCCUGAGUGCUAGAGACGAGCCAAAAUAGACCCUCGGGGGGCCAGUGAGUGCACAGGCCCCACUGCGUGGGGGGCAGCCCCCUUCAAAGCCAUAGACGCAGGGAUCUGCUGAGGGGAACCAAGGGGGGUCCUGGGCACAGGGGGGUCCUGCCUGCGGGGUCUGCGUCCCUCCCCCAGGGCACACGGGGCCGGGGCCGCGGCGGGCAGUGGGAAGGGCCGGUGCAGCUCGGCUCGCUCGCAGGACAGGGGGCGGCUCUAACGCCUCAGGCGGUUACCCCAGCCCCCGGGCGAGGCGCCCGGGGAGCCACAGUGGCCCACGCAGCUGCCAGUGACCUGCCCUCACCCCCUGCCAGCCCACGGAAAAGCCAGGAGCUGCUGUCUCAGCACCGGGCCGUUAGCUGUCCCCACCCCUGCUCCGGCAGGACUAGACCUGCCCCGGGAAGCCUCCCCAGCCCCGUCAGCCCUCCUGCCCCUUGUGGCCGCGCUGGCCCGCGGGAAAGGACCUGCCGCACCGUGCGCAGGACGGGAGGGCGGAGCUGGGGCUGGGACCCACCCCAAGGUGCUCAGGAGCAACAGCGUGAGGCCUGGUGUCCCAGAGCAGGUGUCGGUGCCAUGGCAGCCCACCCACCCCCGUGCUUCCCCACCUCGCUGCGCCAGCCCGCAGCACCAGCUGCGUGGCCGAGGCCUCUGGGCUGGGAGGAGCCCUGGGCCGAGCGCUCCCAGGCUCCCCUGAGGAGGGAGGGGUCCGUGAAGCACAGCCCCCUCGGCGCUUGGGGCAAAGGGAGGUCACGUCCCGGGGCCAGUUCUUAAAGGAAAACUGCAGGGCUUGGUGCUAAAGCGCAGGGGGUCGGGCGGCUUGCCGCAAUCCCUGUCGCUGUCUCGCUCCCCAUAACUGUGAAUGGUGCCGGGGUCUCUCAGGGCCUGACACUUCUCUCUGCUGGGCAGGGCAGGGUGCCGCAGGUGGAAGGGGUGGCUACCGGGGCCUGCCUGUGGGUGCUUGCUAAUGUCACAGCAGGUCCACCUCGAAAGGAGGGUAGCGCGUCCCUUCCAGCAGCUGGCCCUGCCGGGCAGCCCCCCCACUCCCUGCCCUGCCUCUCGGGCACUCUCAUGGCAGCUUCCCGGAGCACUGGGGUCUCUCUCGUGGUUUGCUCUUCUCUACAACUCGCUGGGGAGGGAGUUUGAGUCUCUUAUUCACGUUGCAGUUUUCCUUUAACAGUGGGGGCAAGGGCUGCCCCCCGAGAGGCAGCACGGGCCUGGCACGGCCUAGCACGCACGGCUCACGAGGGGAGACGGCCGUGGGAGGGGUCAGCCAUGGGCGCUUCUGCCCUCCUAGUCUCUCUGCCAUGGGACUGGUGCUAAGUGGGGAAUCUGUGAACCCCCAUAACUGUGCAUGAACACUGGGGGGAGGCUGCGGGGCCGAGCCAGCGUAAGGUCGCGGAGGGAGGGCGGGCGGGCGCUGCAGGCCGAGCAGAGCCGCGUUCGCAGCACUGGCCCUUUAAUCUUUACAUUUUGGUAAAGGCGGCAGGACAUGGGCCCCAGGCUCCCACCCUCCUGCCCGGGUCUCAGCAGAGACCUGCGGAGCCGUCGCUUUCCCGACCUCUUGUUCCGCUGCGAGCCUGGCAAUGCGAAACUUGGGGAGGCCUGGGGCCCAGCACCACCCUCCCACCAGCUUUCCACCAGGAGCCACCACUGGCUGCAAGGGGCAGCUGCUGCGUGAGGCUGGUGUGAAUGUGGGGGAACCAGGCUGCAGGGGGGUGCAGGGACCCCCCAUGGCAGAGCCCAGUGGGUAAAGCAGGUUCCUGUUGCUCCACAAACUGGAAACUCUGGGAAUGGCCCUUUGGCAGCGUUUUCAGGCAGUUUGUUUUCCAGAUUCCCCAGUCCCCGUCUCCGGGAGCACCGGACACAAGCCACCCGGUUCCCAGCCUGUAGCCUCGGGACACAGACGGGGAGAAUUAAGGUUUUUAAAAUACCCAACACACUCUUUUUUUUAAAAAAGCAAAAAGCAAAUUUUGUUGCACAGCCCUGUAUCGAAAACAAAAAAGCCUAAAUUCCUUAGAAAUCCGCCGAGGGAGUAGGUGACAAACAAGGUGCUAAAACAUUUUAUUAAAAAUCUAUAUUGUUAAAUUAAGUCUGCUGUCUGGACAAUGACUGUUUGUUUUGUUUUCUUGUGGAGUUUCAAAGAGCACUAUUAUUGUUUUACUCUUCUAUAUUAUUAUUAAAAAAACAAAAAGGCAUUUUAACUUUGUACUUGAAAACGAAAUGAGAGAUUUCAUGUGUUUUAGCCUAGGCAUUGAAGUAGCUGAUGCUUAACUAUUUGUGGGAAAUCAUUUAUUCAUACUGAAGAAUAAACGCUGUAGAGACGUUGGUAAUAACGUUGACUGUUCCCUAUGAUUUGGCUUGAGCCCCCAGCGCUAGGACCUCUCUAGUGUACAUUCCAUGCAGCUAACACCCACCUCCCCCCCGCUUUUCUUUUUCUUUCUUUCCUUUUUUAUGAUUAGGGUUAUUCUGGUUUCUGGUUCCAGCAUCCUUCAGCCGCUAUGUUUUGGUUUUUUUAGGGUUGCUUCUAUAUUUAUUGACAAUAAAUAAUGUACAUUUCACAGUAUGGUUCUGCGACCUGGCGGGAAGGGGCCCCGCGGCCUCUCCCCGCCCCGGUGUUCUGUUGUAUCUCUGUGUAAGUAUUGCUCGUGACAUAGCUGUUAUGAACUAAUUAAAAAGGUCAAUGCGUGCA